AAUCAUUUGUGAGUUGAGAAUUAAUAUUUAUUGUGAACACUGAAUAACAACUUCAAAAUUUCAAUUUGUUUUGUAACUAUCCUUUUUUUGAAACACGUACAUUUUUUAUUUUUUAAAUCCCUUUACAUCGUUAUUGGAAAUAUGGAAACUGUUAUUGGAAUAAAGUUCAACGAUUUUGUGCUGAUUGCCACAGACAUGACGGCUGCCCAUAGUAUUAUGGUCAUGAAAGACGACGAAGACAAGACGUACAACAUUACCGAAAACGUAGUAAUGGGUGUUACGGGCGAAUCCGGGGACGUUCCCAGAUUUGCCGAAUACAUUACACAAAAUGUUAAACUAUAUCGCAUGCGCAACGGAUACGAUCUGUCCAUACCGGCCAUUGCCACAUUUACCCGUAAAACAAUCGCCGAACAUCUCAGAAGUCAAAGCCCGUAUCAAGUUAACAUUAUGCUCGGCGGAUUCGAUCCAAAAGUGAAGAAAUCACACUUAUACUUUAUCGACUAUUUAGGUGCUCAAGUAGACGUGCCUUACAGUGCUCACGGCUACGGUGGUAUGAUGUCGAUCACUGUGAUGGAUCGUUACUACAAACCAGAUGCAACAUACCAAGAAGCGUACGAUCUUUUGAAAAAAUGUAUUGCCGAAGUUCAAAAGCGAUGCAUUAUUAAUAUGCCCAAUUUUAAAGUCAAAUUGUCGUACUCUGGAGGCAUUCAAGAAUUGCCUUCAAUUACCAAAGACAAUAUCAAUCAGGAAACAAUCGUUAAUGUUAAAGAUUAAUUAUUUUAUGUUGAAUUUAUAUUAUGAACAUUUUUUUUUUCAACAUUACCUAACUAUAAGGCAAAUAAAUAAAUAACAAAUUCAUUGUUUUUUGGGAA